AUGGAUCUUUACACUAACAGGAAGUCUAGUAAGAGGGAUUUACAACAGGCACAACACACAUCUACUUUGACAUAUGCCAAGGAUAGCAAGAUUGUGGAAAUAGGUAAUGGAUUCGGGAGUAGGGGAGCCAUCUCCAACGUAAGUCAUAUGGAUAAGGGUGAAGUGGGACUUAUGGAGGAUAAGCAACAGGAGCAUCCAACUACUAUUAACGUUGCAGUAAUGGAGUGUCCUGAUAUGGGCAAUUUGGAUUUGAGAAUGAUGCAAGGGGGAGUGACAGUGAUCAAUCAACCAGAUAGGAGGGAUUUAGUGGUUCAAGAUGGAAAAGAUGCAGCCUUUUCCUUAGUGUCGAAUAAGUCUGGAAGGUUGAUGGGUAAAGGCAUUUUUAUGGUCAAGCCUGGCGUAAAGCCAAAAAUAUACGUGCAAGAUGAUACUUGUGUUAGUAGUGGGGUUCAAAUGAAAGAUCUCCAUACAUGGAAUGGGGCCAUUUCAAAUGGUGAAAGAAGUCAUGCGGAUAAGGGUAAAGUGGGACUUAUGGAGGAUGAGCAACAGGAGCAUGCAACUACUUUUAACGUUGUAGUAGUGGAGUGUCCUAAUAUGGGUAGUUUGGAUUUGAGAAUGAUAUAUAAUAGAGGAAAAAGGGAAGUUAAGGGGAUGGAAAAGGCGUCCUUCAAUCCAAGCUCAGAAUCAAUAAACAUGGUAGCUACAAAGGAUACUAGUGUAACUGAUAGUGUAAGUGUGAGUUGUAUUAAGGUCAAGCAACCAGAUAGAAGGGAUUUAGUGGUUCAAGGUGGAAAGAUGUAG